AGGUAUGGAAGAGUUAAUUAUGUGCUGGCUCGAAGACUUGAACUUCUACGAGAAGUUGGAAGAUUGCAAGAGAGUCUUGGAGUCCCAGGAGAUGUUUCUUACACUUGUGAAACAGCUGGCCACUUUUUCUUAUACCAAGUAAUGUCUCGUUGGGAGGAGUAUAUCAGCAAAGUGAAAGUUAAAGGUGGAAAAUUGCCAGAUGUUACAGAUGUCUCCAGUUUUUUUCCUUUUCACCAGUAUUUUGCAAAUGCUCCUCAGCCAAUUUUCAAAGGCAAGUCCUAUGAAGAAGAUAUGGAAAUUGCUGAAGGGUGUUUUAGACAUGUUAAGAAAAUAUUCACUCAGCUUGAGGAAUUCAGAGCAUUUGAACUUCUCCGCAGUGGCCUGGAUAGAUCCAAAUACCUGUUGGUGAAAGAAGCAAAAAUCAUUGCCAUGACUUGUACUCAUGCUGCUCUGAAACGACAUGACCUGGUUGAAUUAGGUUUCAAAUAUGACAACAUCUUAAUGGAAGAGUCUGCUCAGAUUCUGGAGAUAGAAACCUUUAUACCUCUCCUGUUGCAGAACCCCCAGGAUGGAUUCAGUCGUUUGAAGCGGUGGAUUAUGAUUGGUGAUCAUCAUCAGUUGCCACCAGUCAUUAAGAACAUGGCUUUUCAAAAAUACUCCAACAUGGAGCAGUCCCUCUUUACACGGUUUGUUCGUGUUGGAGUGCCAACUGUUGAUUUGGAUGCACAAGGAAGAGCAAGAGCAAGUUUAUGUAACCUCUACAACUGGCGUUACAAGAAUCUGGGUAACCUGCCUCAUGUGCAGCUUCUGCCAGAGUUCAGAACAGCCAAUGCUGGGUUUUUGUACGACUUCCAGCUUAUAAACGUAGAAGACUUCAAUGGUGUGGGAGAGUCUGAACCCAAUCCUUAUUUCUAUCAAAAUCUUGGUGAAGCAGAGUAUGUUGUAGCACUCUUCAUGUAUAUGUGCCUGCUUGGUUAUCCUGCAGACAAGAUAAGUAUCCUGACAACAUACAAUGGGCAGAAACACCUGAUCCGUGAUGUCAUCAAUCAGCGGUGUGGAAAUAAUCCACUGAUUGGGCGCCCAAACAAGGUAACGACUGUGGACAGAUUUCAAGGUCAACAAAAUGAUUAUAUUCUCCUUUCACUAGUGCGUACCAAAGCUGUAGGCCACCUUAGAGAUGUCCGACGAUUAGUUGUUGCCAUGUCAAGAGCCAGGCUUGGGCUUUAUAUCUUUGCAAGGGUAUCGCUGUUUCAGAACUGUUUUGAGCUAACUCCAGCUUUCAGCCAACUCACAGCUCGACCACUUCACCUCCAUAUCGUUCCCACAGAAUGUUUUCCAACAGCAAGACAGAAUGGAGAAAGACCAUCUCACCAAAUACAUGUUAUUAAGAACAUGCCUCAAAUGGCUAACUUUGUGUACAAUAUGUAUAUGCAUAUGAUACAGAGUACACGCCACUAUCAACAGCGUUUACUGCCCCCACCUGCCAUGAUUGAAGAACCGGAAACUACUCAAACUCAAGAGACUGAAGUAGAAGGUGAAGUGCAAGGCAUGCAGGAAGAUGCAGAAGAAGAAGAAAAUAAGGUAGGGGAAGAAAUGAUAAAGGAAGGAGAAUUGAAAGUGGCCGAAGUGGAUGAACAUCGAACAAUGCCAGAACACCCCGGAAGAGACAGUGAUAGUGGAGACAGUGAACCUGAGAACGAGACUGAAAAGUGAUCCACGUGAUGAUUGUCCUCUACAUGUUUUGGAAAACGGAUGGGGAAAAAAGCAGUUAGGAAUAUAAUUACUGUUUUUACAUUGACUUUUUUAAAUGCUUGCUUGUGUAAUGUGACCUGUUUGGUAUAUUUUUCACUGAAUACUUUGUGGACAAACAAAAUGUUUGGCAAACAUUUUACUGAGUUCUUGUCAGUAUCAGUAAUGUAAUUUGUUUAAUGGCCUCAAACGAUUCACAGUUUCCUUUUCAUGAGUUGUUCAGUAAAGAUGCUUUUUAUACCA